AUGAUGUGCCUGAAGCCAGAAGAAGAGAAAGGCCCACCUAUAGGAAGCCAUAUCCGGCUUAUAUCGAUCAAAUACCUCUAUCCCCGGGGUUUUAAGGUGCCAAACUUCACCUUAUUCAACGGAGAGGAUCCCCAUGCUUCAUCAGUUGAGCACAUAGGCAGGUUCUCUGUCCAGUGCAUAGCCAUAGAGAAAAUCCUCUUUGAAGUUGAGGCUUUUUGGAAAUUCUCUCUCGGACAAGCUUUUACUUGGUACACCAGUCUACUAGCCAAUUCUGUUCAACUUGGGAGCAGAUGGAAAGUGUUUUCCAUGACUAUUAUUACAGGAUUCAGCCAGAAGUCACCAUCAGUGACCUUGCUGCCCUCAAGCAGGGUGAAGAUGAACUUGCUCAAGACUUCAUAA